UUUAAGGCGACCAGUUGGUGGAUGACAUAUACAAGGCGACAUAUAGAAUAGGCAGCCAUGAGAAUUCAGUUAGUAUUGGUCGUGAUUUUGGUGACAAAGUUGGCAAGCUCGGCUACUUCUAAGAAACCGAAAGGCGUUGUGGGACGAUGUGGAUUGGACGACGAGGGAAAGGCGGGGCUUAUCGCUUCACCGAAUUUCCCCCAUGCUAAUUAUCCGCCAGAUUCCGUCUGCAAUUACACAGUGACCGUGGCAGAGAAUUCUGUGAUUAAAUUCGAGUUCUUAUACACGGACAUGGAAGACGGGCCUACGCAGAAGCUAAGCAGUUGCUAUGCGGACUAUGUCGUCAUAACUGAAGAUGACAAUGAAGAAUCAACAAUGGUCGGUAACCAGAGAUUCUGUGGUUACGACACUCCGUUCAAUCCAGUGUUAACCAAAGGCAACAAAGCUUACAUUUGGUUUCGAUCUGACGAUACUAUAGAAAAAGAAGGAUUCGUCAUCAGAUGGAAAGCUGUUCAAGCGCCAAGGGAAACAUUCGCCUGCGAUUUCGAAUCUAGGAAUGGUUACUGCAGCGGAUGGCGACAAUUAGAACCGAGAAGCACGAUUCGUUGGAAGGUGAACCGAGGUCAAACAAGGUCAAGCAGACGUCACUGGGUCACUGGACCGUGGUACGACCACACCAAGAAUAACAUAGGUGGAUCCUAUGUCUUUGCCGAAGCGACUGGUAUGAGACAAGGCGACGUAGCCACUCUGAUAUCUCCUUACUUUUCAAUGAUGAAAACGGAAAGAUACUGCUUGUCAUUCUGGUAUCACAUGUACGGUUCCGGCAUCGGGACUUUUGCUAUUUAUGAGGUGCAAACAGAUGGAGCUCAGGACCCUCGAUUCCCGCUUCGUGGGAGAAACAUUUUCCUUGAAGCUGGGGAGAAAGGCAAAAGUUGGCAGGAAGGAAAACUUACAUUAAACAGAAGGGCUGUGCCGAUGAGGUUUAUCUUCGAAGCGACAAGAGGAAAUUCAUACAAGGGCGAUAUCGCCAUUGAUGACAUCACAAUCACAGAAGACGAAUGCCAAGAACCGAAAUAAGCUGGCUGGUGGCGACCGCAGCAUUUCAGAAGAAAAUUACGUUUUCACGAUAUUAGUUCGAAUGCUUCAAUAAAAGUUUCCUUCAUUUCAAACGUCACUAUUUUUCGAAUUUAUCCAAAGUAUGGUUUGGGAGGAAUAUUUUAGAUCACAUUUUCAUUUUGCCAUUGCUAAAAACGAUCCGAAUUGAGGAUC